AUGCCGACUAUCGCAAGAAACGCCAUAUCACUCAUCGAAGCCGAGCUCGAUCUUGGCGAAUACGACGAAUACGACGACAUUGAGCCUUCACUGGCACCAGACGAGUCAGAACUCGAUCACGACGAUGAUGAUGUAUCUCACUUGCAGUCUGUUGCAGAAGGAGGCAUGCACCCCCGAUUCGACGAUGCUACCACCGGUUUCUUCGGUCCAUCAAAUUUAGAAACCCCAAUCACUUAG